AAUGGAAAGCAACAAUCAGCAGAACACCCAAGCUAACAAGGCAGCAGAUGAAGGUAGCAAGACUAAUGAUGCUGCUCCUGGGCCUUCUGGAAUGGCCGAUCCUGGAGAUGGUCAUAUCAAUAUCAAAGUCAAGAACCAGGAAGGAACAGAGAUCUUCUUCAAGAUUAAGAAGACCACCAACUUGAAGAAACUCAUGGAUGCUUACUGCAGCAGACAGGGGCUCAUGGCCAAUUCUUGAAGAUUCAUCUUCGAUGGAGAGAGACUCAGAGAUACAGACACUCCAAACGCUCUUGAGAUGGAGAAUGGAGAUGAGAUUGAUGUCAUGGUAGAGCAGACAGGAGGAUCCUUAGCCAGAGCCUUUUCCCACACCCUUGCUUGCUAAGAUCUGGUAUUUAUUAAUUGCUCAAUCAAAUGUU